CAGGAGAAGAAAUAGAGGGAGAGAAGUCCAUUAUAGUAAACCUUAGAUAUUCUUUUUGAACUCCUACAAAUACAUUCAUUCUCUCAUAAAAGAAACCCUAGGUUUUCAUUUCUCAUUCACAAACUCUAUACUUUAAGUUCAUCAAAACCGCCCCUGUUUCUCUCUUUUAUCCCUACUCACGCUCUCAUUUCCCUCUAGAUCUCUUCCUCAAAACUAAAUCAGCUUAGACUGAUCAGCAUCUUCAUCAUGGAUACCCAUUCUCAUUCUGAGCAUCUUUGCUAUGUUCGCUGCAACUUUUGCAGCACUGUUUUAGCUGUUGGAGUUCCAUGGAAACGAUCUGUUGACACAGUGACAGUGAAAUGUGGUUAUUGUAAUUGCCUUUCCUUCCUCAGCACUAGGCCUGUAGGCCAAGUGCAUCAUCAAUCAACUGCUUUAGAGCAACAGAGCAUGAGCCCUAAUACUGGUGGAACCUUUCAGCAUCCUCCUCCUCCUCAGGGUUACUUUGAACAUAGAAAGGGGGGACAAACAUCGUCUAUGUCUUCAUCCUCGUUAACAUUCGACCAGCAGCCAAGUUCCAAUGCUCCUUAUGUUGUUAAGCCACCUGAGAGGAAACACAGACUUCCAUCGGCUUAUAAUCGAUUCAUGAAGGAGGAAAUCCAAAGGAUCAAAACGGCCAAUCCCGAGAUACCUCAUCGAGAAGCUUUUAGUUCUGCAGCGAAAAACUGGGCGAGGUACGUUCCGCAUUCUUCAGGUAGUUCUGGUGCGAGUUCCAGCAAUACUAAUGAGCGGAUCAAUGCUUUCGGUAUGGGAAGUCUUGGUGAUAAUAACCAUCCAUAGUUGCAUUCGGACUUGCGGAGCCGAAAAUGCUCGUUUAAUAAUAGUAACAGUUAGGUUUUCUUUCCAAUUUAAACUGUAGGGGUGUGUGGUUAUGUAUUGUGUUCUUGGUAGACUUUAUGUUCCAACUGCACGGUCUCUUCCUUCCAAGAAACUAUGAAACUUGGCACUGGUUACUUUAAGGAUGGUUUUGAUUA